GGUUCCCGUGACGAGCUGAAUGCAUGAUCUCAUUUAUCGGAAAAGGUAAAUUCCUUUUCAGAGUGAGUCACUGAGUCCUGACUUCUGAUAAAGUAGUUGCAAUGUCAAGCUUCCCGCUUCAAUCUCUCUCCUUUUGACUUCACUUUUUUCUUUGCAACCCAUUUCCUUUCAAUCUUAAUUAAUUUCCACUCACAAUGCAAACCAUUUCGUUUCCUCUCCUCACUAACACUCUCUCAUUUCCAAAUCCACUCACUUCCUUCCCUCCAUUUUCCAUCCACUUCCCCACCGCUCUACCAAACAACCGUUUACGAGUUUCUGCUUCAUCUCCUUCCACGUCAUCAACCAUCACCGUCGAAAAUUCCACCUCCGACAACUCCACCGCCUUCCUCAUCCGCGCUCGCAACAAGAUCGGUCUUCUCCAAAUCAUCACCAGAGUUUUCAAAAUCCUCGGUCUCACCAUUGACAAAGCCACAGUUGAAUUCGAAGGCGAUUACUUCACCAAAAAAUUCUUCGUUACUGAUUCCCAUGGAAACAAGAUCGAGGAUGAUGAGAAUUUGGAGAGGAUCAAACGAGCUUUAACGGAGGCUAUCGGUGGUAAUGGCGACGGCGGCGGGAAGGUUUCUGUGUCGACGGCGAACCGUGGGAUUGUGGUUAGGAGAGCUGGGUUGGUGGAAGGGUUUGGAGAGCGGAAGGCGAAAGCAGAGAGAAUGUUUAGCUUAAUGGAUGGGUUUUUGAAAAAUGAUCCGUUUAGUCUUCAGAAAGAUAUUCUGCAUCAUGUUGAGUAUACUGUGGCGAGGUCACGGUUUAGUUUUGAUGAUUAUGAAGCGUAUCAGGCUUUGGCACAUAGUGUGCGAGAUCGGUUGAUUGAACGCUGGCAUGAUACUCACAUUUACUUCAAGAAGACAAAAUCCAAGCGCCUGUACUUCCUCUCACUUGAGUUUCUCAUGGGCCGUUCUUUGUCAAAUAGUGUCAUCAAUCUUGGCAUCCAAGACCAAUAUGCUGAGGCCCUUAACCAACUUGGAUUUGAGUUUGAAGUUUUGGCUGAGCAGGAAGGAGAUGCGUCCCUAGGGAAUGGUGGCCUUGCUCGUUUUUCAGCAUGCCAAAUGGAUUCUUUAGCAACUUUGGACUAUCCUGCAUGGGGUUAUGGUUUGCGUUAUGAGUAUGGGUUGUUUCGUCAGAUCAUAGUGGAUGGCUUUCAACACGAACAACCUGAUUAUUGGCUGAACUAUGGAAACCCCUGGGAGAUAGAGCGGAUUCAUGUAACAUAUGAAGUGAAGUUUUAUGGGACUGUUGAAGAGGUAGAUAUGAAUGGAGAAAAACUUAAAGUUUGGAUCCCUGGAGAGACGGUGGAAGCUGUGGCUUAUGACAACCCAAUACCUGGUUAUGGAACAAGAAACACCAUCAACCUUCGGCUUUGGGCUGCUAAACCUAGUAAUCAAUUUGAUUUGGAGGCCUAUAACACUGGAGACUACAUUAAUUCUAUUGUCAACAGACAAAGGACGGAGACCAUAAGUAAUGUUUUGUAUCCCGACGACCGAUCUCAUCAGGGGAAGGAGAUGAGAUUGAAACAGCAGUAUUUCUUUGUCUCAGCAUCUUUGCAAGAUAUUAUCCGAAGGUUCAAAGAAGAACAUACUAAUUUUGAUGAAUUGCCAGAACAGGUUGCUCUCCAUCUAAAUGAUACCCAUCCAUCUCUCUCAAUUGCCGAGAUUAUGCGAAUACUAGUUGAUGAAGAGCAUUUGGAGUGGAACAAAGCAUGGAAAAUUGUAUGCAAGGUUUUCUCUUUCACAACUCACACAGUGGUAGCUGAAGGGUUAGAGAAAAUCCCUGUUGAUCUUCUUGGCAGCCUUCUCCCUCGCCAUUUACAGAUUUUAUAUGAAAUAAAUUCUAAUUUUAUGGAGGAGUUGAAGAAAAGGAUUGGUUUAGAUUACAACCGACUGUCCCGGAUGUCUAUUGUUGAAGAAGGUGCUGUGAAGAGCAUAAGAAUGGCCAUCUUGUCAAUUGUUUGCUCUCAUACUGUCAACGGCGUUUCAAAAUUACACGCAAAUACACUGAAAACAAAAACAUUUAAGGACUUCUAUGAGCUAUGGCCCGAAAAAUUUCAAUACACGACAAAUGGUGUUACACAGCGUCGCUGGAUUGUGGUGAGCAAUCCCAGUUUAUGUGUUCUUUUAUCAAAAUGGCUAGGCACUGAAGCUUGGAUCCGCAAUGCUGACCUUCUGACAGGAUUGAGAGAUCAUGUUGACAAUACUGAUUUCCGACAAGAAUGGAAAAUGGUUAAAAGGCUUAAUAAAAUGAGGCUUGCUGAGUACAUCGAAACAAUGAGUGGCGUGAAGGUCAGUUUGGAUGCAAUGUUUGAUGUUCAGGUGAAGCGUAUACAUGAAUACAAAAGACAGUUGCUUAAUAUCUUCGGAAUUAUCCACAGAUAUGACUGUCUCAAGAAUAUGGACAAGAAUGAUAGGAGGAAAGUUGUACCUCGUGUUUGCAUAAUUGGUGGGAAAGCGGCUCCUGGCUAUGAAAUUGCUAAGAAGAUUAUCAAACUUUGUCAUGCUGCAGCAGAAAAAAUAAAUAAUGAUGCUGAUAUUGGAGAUCUUCUGAAAUUGGUUUUUAUCCCUGACUAUAAUGUCUCUGUUGCCGAAUUGGUGAUACCAGGGGCUGACCUCUCUCAGCAUUUAAGCACUGCAGGACAUGAAGCAUCUGGAACUGGAAGCAUGAAAUUUUUGAUGAACGGAUGCUUACUUUUAGCUACAGCGGAUGGAUCUACCGUUGAAAUAAUUGAGGAAAUAGGGCCGGAUAAUUUGUUUCUUUUUGGUGCUAAAGUGCAAGAAGUAGCAGAACUGCGUGAGAAAGGAGGUACGGUGAAAGUUCCUCUACAAUUUGCCCGUGUGUUAAGGAUGGUUCGAGAUGGAUAUUUCGGGGAUAAAGACUACUUUCAAUCCUUAUGUGAUACGGUGGAAGUCGAUAGUGAUUUCUAUCUUCUUGGUUCGGAUUUUGGGAGUUACCUUGAGGCACAGGCUGCUGCCGAUAAAGCAUUUGUUGAACCAGAGAAGUGGAUCAAGAUGAGUAUUCUCAGUGCUGCCGGCUCUGGUAGAUUUAGUAGUGACAGGACCAUUCGAGAGUACGCAGAGAGAACAUGGAAAAUUGAUCCUUGCCAAUGCCCUAUCUGAUCUCUAAUGAUCCAUUACACGAAGCUAACAAAUUAGUAAUCAUCUGUUUAUUUAGAUGAAAGUGUUGAUUAGAAAAUUAGUUUUAUUUUGGAAAGUCUGAAGCAAUAAUUGUAACUGUAGUUGAGCAGUUAUGAGGAAUCUUGUGCAGUGAGAAUCACAAAAUCUUGGCUAUGCAUGGCUCAUCGCAUGUAGGUUCUCUGGACGAAUAAAAGUGCACCUUUGGUUCUUCGGUUCUUUCGUGGACAAAUUGCCGUUACUUGAGCAUUGACUACUAGUAUCUUGAUCCUCUGGAAAGUCUAUUGCCGCAUGUGUUAAUGAAAAUCAAUACCUGUUGCAACCCAGGUGCUAGAAAUUUUCCGUCACCUAUGUGGCGGUGGAUUGGACAGCAAGAGAUUUUAGGUCGCUCAAUUUCAUGUUGUAUAAAAAUAAUACUAUGUAAUGUUGUUUUUUAAUGUUUUUAAAUUUAAACUUGAUGAAAUUUAUUUUGAAAGAAUUAUUUAUUGUUAAA